UUCACAACAGCCUCAUGGCAUUCAUAGGACGGGAAAUGCAUGAUGGCUAAAUUACGAAGGGUAGAUGAGUUGGGCUUACAAAGGCGAAGAGAAUCAGCAAGACAAAGAGGAAAAGAAGCACCCACACAAACAGGACAAAGAAGAAAGGCAACCUCUCCAAUUCCAACAAAUGAUACCCAUUCAUCGAUAAAUUAUAAUGAUGAGCUGUUUAGAGGAGAAGCAACGGGUGCUUUUGAGAAGUCACAGCAAAAUGAUCCCCUGGAAACACCAAGUGAAAAGAGGAGGAGGCUGUUAGGACAAAGUGCUGCUGGGGCUGUUCUUGCUAGUCGUGAACGGUUUGAAAAUCAAGUCAAGCAGAAGGAGAAGGAAAUGCAAGCAGAAUCCGCCUCAAAUUCAAAGCAAGUUCGUAUCAAAACGGAGGAAGAGGACGCACACCCCAACGCAAUCGUUAUCGAAAGCAGCGAUGAAGAAGAUCAGCAACAGGUGGGAAAAAAGAAUGUACCUGUGAAGCAAGAAGCAGAUUUAACAGUAAAGACAGAAGGGGAUGACUUGAAUGGAGCAGCAAAUGGAGAAACGGAAGACAGUAGAGUAGAUUCAAUUCUUGCCAUGCUUGGAAUACCCAACCCAGCAAACAACGCCAGACCAUCAACACCUCCUCAGCAAUCCGAAGAAGAUGAAGAAGGGCAACAAGCACAGGCAACUCCAGAGCCAACUCCUACACACAACACUGUACAUGAAGCUGCUGAACGAGCAAAUGAAACAGAAGAAGGUGAGAAGCCGCCUUUAGAACGUACUUUCCCUUGGCCAGAGCAUUUCCUCGAAUUGGAAAAGACGUUCAAGGCUUUAAAUACGGUAUAUGCGUUUUGUUCAGGUCGCAAACAUAUGGCAACGACAUACGACACCCUCAAAAGUAGUGUUCAAGGUUUGCUCAAUCGACCGUUAGAGAUCAUGGACAUUGCACAAAUCAAAUCGCUGUGCUCGGAUUUGAUCAAUUUCGCAUACGUUGAACAAGAACUUUUGCAAGUUCAUAAUGAGCUUCCAUCAGGUUCCUCCAUGGGAAAGUCACGUAGGAAGGAUAUCGAAUCCAUGACUGGACGUGAAAAGUUCUUGGCGCAUCGAGCAGAGAUGGAUGAUAUAUAUGCACAAGUUGCACGGAAUAUCGAAGAGGAAGCAGCCGCAGAUCGUGCAGAAGAAGAGAUGCGUGAGACUAUGCAUGUUUCCUUAGAAGCUAACGGAUUCGAAGAUGAUGCUGAUGAGAUGAUGCAAAGUCAACAGACCAAUUCACAGGCACUGAUGAAGGUGGCCGAGGCACAAUCAACGUCAAAUUUUGGCAAGCCGGUUGAAGAUUUCGUUUUGUUCUUUGAAUUCAAUGAUGGAACGUUGAAAGGUCCGAAAGCAACGGCUCGAGGCAAGCCAGGUAUGCGAAGAGGACCUUCACGGAACAAUCCAAAAGGAAGACCGAAUCCAAAAUUAUACGAAAUCCCAUCAGCGGCUGCCAUGACGAAGCUUAUUGAGAAGCGUAACUUUAAGUUUGAGCAAGCUGUGUUGGAGUUGUUGACAGCUUGUAUGGCUAAAGAAGAAGACCCUGUCCAAUUGAUCAUCUCAGCAGCAGAAGAGCAUAUUCCCGUCAACCCAGAAUUGGGCACAAAAGCCAUCGGCGAAACACCAAGAAAACGAAAGAUGCGACUGGAGUUCUUCAUGAAAAAUCCUGACCAAAGACCUCCGAUCAGUGAAGUGAUUGAAGAAUUACGAUCGCAAGUCUGGUACAAAGACCAGAUUGUCGCAGGUGGAAGGAGAAGUAUUGCCUCAAGACCUGCGAGAUAUGAUCAAUUGACGUUCAUGCUUAGUCAAGAGAUCGUGAACGCACUUUGGGCAACUCGACAGAUCGAAGAAUUCUACUUACAUCAAGCCGAUGCACUGAAUGCAUUGGAUGAGAAUAAAAGCAUCAUUGUUUGCACGAGUACGAGUAGUGGUAAGAGUCUCAUUUAUCAAAUUCCAGUUCUUCGAGCAUUACAAGAAGAUUACGAAUCAACGGCGAUGUACAUUUUCCCCACAAAAGCAUUAGCGCAAGAUCAAAAGAGAACAUUACAAGAUCUUUUACUCAAUUGUGAUGGAUUACAAGAAACAAUCGUUGCAACGUAUGAUGGUGAUACACCCAAAGAAUUACGUCAAGAUAUUCGUGAUCGUGCGAGUGUGAUUUUCACCAAUCCGGAUAUGUUACAUCAAAGUAUUUUACCCAACGAAUAUCAAUGGCGUAGAUUUUUACGUGGCUUACGAUUUGUUGUCGUAGAUGAAUUGCACAUGUACAAUGGAUUAUUUGGAGCACAUGUUUCAUUUGUCAUGAGGCGGCUAAGGAGGAUGUGUCAUGCACUCGGCAAUCGCAAUGUCCGUUUUGUUAGCUGUAGUGCUACAGUUGCCAAUCCGGCCGAACAUAUGCGCACAUUGUUCGGUAUCGAAGAAGUUGAGGUGAUCACAGAGGAUGGCUCGCCCGCCGGUAAUAAGGAGUGGUUGAUCUGGAAUCCUCCUUUAAUCGAUGACAAUGACCCAAAGCAAGGAAGGGUGAGCGCAUAUGCUGAGACAUCAAAAGUGUUUCGUCAUCUGGUCGAACGUGGAGUACGAACGAUCAUCUUUACAAAAGUACGUCGAACCUGUGAAAUAGUGAUGAAUCAAAUCCGUAACGAUCUCUUAUUGGACAACCGUCAAGAUGUUGUUUCACGGGUGAUGUCCUAUCGAUCCGGUUAUUCUCCUGAAGAUCGAAGAAAGAUCGAACAAGAUAUGUUCAAGGGUGCUUUGUUGGGUAUUGUGGCUACUAGUGCAUUGGAACUGGGUAUCGACAUUGGUACUUUGGAUGCUGUGAUUAUGCUCGGAUUUCCUUACUCGAUCUCAAGUUUACGACAACAAGCAGGACGUGCAGGUCGACGUCAGAAAGACUCCUUGGCAGUUUUGAUCGGAGACCCAUUCCCCAUGGACCAGCACUACAUGCGUAACCCUGAAGAAAUCUUCAGUCAACCUGAUACGAUUCUCAGUGUAGACCUAAAGAAUGACUUUGUCUUGGAAAGUCAUCUUCAAUGUGCAGCUAUGGAAAUGCCACUCCAACCUGAAGAAGAUGCAAAGUACUUUGGCGAUGAAGAUGUGAUUGACAAAUUAUGUGCAACUCGAUUAGAACAAGACAAAGAUGGCUUUUAUCACUGUCGGCCAGAACUACGUCCGAAUCCAGCACGAGAAGUGGCUUUACGUGGUGCACGUCAACUCACGUACAUCUACAUAGAUGAUUCGCCCAACAGACGUUCUGGUCCUCGAGUGAUGGAAGAGGUGGAAGUCGACCGUGCAAUCUUUGAAGCAUUCGAAGGGGCUGUGUUUAUGCAUCAAGGUUUAUCGUACAUUUGCCAAGAUAUCGAUCAUGAAAAGCGUAUCGCAAGAAUGAAACAAGCAAACGUUAACUAUCAUACCCGACCUCGUGAUCACACAGAUACGGAUGCAAUGGAAACUCAUCGUAUUCGUGCUUUGCGAGAUACAAAUACGAAAGCAUACUAUGGACACGUUCGUAUUGCAACUCAUGUUUGGGGAUAUUUCAAGGUGGACAAAAGGGCAAAUAUUUUGGACGAAGUCAGCCUUGAAAGCCCUCCGUUUAUCCGUGACACAAAAGGACUCUGGCUUGAUGUUCCUGCUUGGUUGGUGAAUGCUUUGAUUGAUAAGACAAUUAAUGCAGCUGCUGCAAUCCAUGCUGCCGAACAUGCUUUACUCAGUUUAACUCCAAUGUUCGUUGUCAGCUUAGCGGGUGAUGUUCGAACAGAAUGCAAAGUAGCAGAACGAGAAUAUGCACGCAAGCCAACGAGUCGCAAAAGACCUGCUCGUUUGAUCUUUUACGAUACACCAGGAUUGAACGGAGGCGUUUGUGUGAAAGCCUUUGAACAUUUGGAUGGAUUGAUUCGAAUAGCAAUCUCGGUGAUUGAAUCUUGUCCUUGUGUGGAAGGAUGUCCAAGUUGCGUCACAAGUCAAACUUGUGCACAUGCAAACCUUGUCACUUCAAAAGUGGGUGCUUUAGGUGUCUUGCGUGGUUUAGUUGGCUUGGAACCGUUUGAUGCUGAUUUACCAAUGCAAAACGAACCUGGUCACGCGGAAGGACAUCUGAAUUCAUCCGAUGCAGUUCGACAUACAAUCGCAGAAGCAGCGCCCGUUCGUACAAUCAAUGGAACAGAUUUACCUGUCGAACAGUAUGAAGAACAUCUACCACCAACCUUACAAGCAAUCUUGGAUCGUGCAGAAGCCGUUGGAGGAGUGGUGGAUAAUGAACCUAGAGGUUCAGCAUGGGAAAGGCAAAAUCAAAGACAUCGUCAACAGUAUGCAGCGCCGCCAGUUGGAAAAUCCAUGCGGUAUGAUGACGAAGAUUAUUGAUUGUUAAUAGUGUGUUUAUAGCAUAUAUCCUCAUAGAAUUUACCUGUAAGAUAGACCAUUGUCAAAUAGCAUCAUUGAGAAGAAGA